AUGGUGGCUAGACUUGCAUUCCUCUUCCUCUUCAUCUCUCCAGCGCUGUCCCUGGAGUGCUACGUAUGCAGUUCUUCCACCUCCAACGAGGACUGCAACCAGAGCACUCAGGAGUGUCAGCAGCCGCUCGACACGUGCAUGACCAUCGUGGACACUUUGGGUGUCAUGAAAGCCAUAGUGAAGCAGUGUGCCAGUCGGGCCACAUGCAGGGGAGCUGCCUCCACGGCCUCGGUCGACUCAGAAGGAAAUGGAAAUGCUGUCAACUGCUGCAGCGGCUACAACUUUUGUAACUUCAGCGGAGCAGAAUCCAUUCACCAGUACACGGCUCUGCUGUGCAUAACUGUUGGCAUUUUACUGCUGCUGUCCAACUAA